AUGCGAGGCUAAAAACUAUGACGUCACAUAUUCGUGCGCAGAUGUGCGGAUCAUUCGUGCUGCUUAGAUCCUUGUGCUGAUGCACUUGCCCUUCGCAUUCCUGUAACAUACACCGUCUUCCACGCACACUUGUAUUCAUAUAUCCGCCAUGUCGAUCGGUGUUCCCAUCAAGCUGUUGCACGAGGCCCAGGGCCACAUCAUCACCAUCGAGCUGAAGACCGGAUCUGUCUACCGAGGCACACUCUUUGAGGCUGAGGACAACAUGAAUAUUCAGCUGAAGGAUAUCACGAUGACAGCAAGGGACGGCCGUUUGACACAAUUGGAUCAGGUCUAUAUUCGAGGAUCUCAUAUUCGGUUCUUCAUCGUACCAGACAUGCUCAAGAAUGCGCCAAUGUUUAAGCAGCAAGGGGCAGCGUCAAUGAAGGGCAAGGGUAUUGGAUUAGGCAGAGGCAAAGCAACAGUGGCAAGAGCACAAGCUCGAGGUGGAAGGGGAGGAAGGGGCGGAUUUGGUGGACGUGGAAGUGACAGAGGCGACUUCCGUGGUCGUGGUCGUGGCAGGGAUUAGAAUGGAUAAAGGAACGGUAAAGGGCUUCAACAUUGCAACAGCUAAUAUCAACAGUAGAGCAGUCAUCUACUAUUGCUGGCUUUCCUUGGCUCUUUUAUUUAUCAGGACCUCAGGGCAAAGCGACCAAAAAGAAAUAUAUACGCGGAUCGACAAUGGAGUCUUUCUUUCUUUCCUUCCUUCCUUUAUUCUUUUGUUUCCCGUACCACAUGUAAUGAUAUCAACUGAACACUCCAGGACUGAAGGAGAGCGCAAUAAAAUAAAGAACUUGCAUGGAUGAACAAGUACACCUAUUGAACC